AUGUAUUCCACGGGGUUAAACCACGGCCUUCAAAUAUUGAAUCAGAGUCGACAAUUGGUAAUCAAAUGUUGGACAAAGCGAAAAAGCAGGGAAUGGAUAAGUUUUCUUAAAACUGUAGCGAACCAAUCAGCGCGGGACUUCACGUUCCCGAACGUGCACCACUCGUUCGCGCCGCCGCGCGCCGGCACGACCGCGUACGCGCUGGUGGACGGCUCCGCGUACCUGGCCGCCGUGGCCGACGCCAUGGACCUGGCCAGGGAGGAGAUCUUCAUCGCCGACUGGUGGCUCAGCCCCGAGCUCUACAUGAAGAGGCCCACCCUCAACGGCAACUACUGGCGGCUCGACUGCAUCUUAAAGCGGAAAGCGGCGCAAGGCGUGAAGGUGUUCGUGAUGCUAUACAAGGAGGUCGAAAUGGCACUCGGCAUCAACAGCUACUACAGCAAGGCUAUCUUAACUAGGAAAAAUGAAAAUAUUAAAGUCUUUCGACAUCCAGACCAUGCGAAAGCUGGUGUGCUGUUCUGGGCUCAUCACGAGAAGCUGGUAUGUGUGGAUCAGACUGUCGCUUUUGUCGGUGGAAUCGACAUGUGCUAUGGGCGAUGGGACGACCAUAAACAUAGAUUGACAGAUCUAGGUAACAUUGCUCAAUCAAAGUCGUCAAUAAGGACUAAGAAAAAAACUUCUAGUUCUCCAGGCGGCGGGAUUUAUGUGCCGCAAGGCAACGGAUUCGAAGCUGCGCUGGAAUUAGCUAAAAGCUCCAGAGAUAUUGUCAUGGGGCUUAAUGAGCCGUUACAAGACAACGUAAGCGAAACUCAAGAACCAGACGAACAGUCACAAACCGAAAUAGAAAAGGCACCGGAGACCUUACCGAUUUUAGAACCAGGCGACCAGCUACUAAUAACCUCGACUAAACAAGUGGACGACUCGCAACUAGAUGGGCCGGACAACCAAAAGAAGAAUGUACUAAACAAAAUCACGGACAGAGGGAAAGAUAUAAUUAGCAUGAUUUACCCCCCUUUUGAGGAAGAGAGGAAUGAGCAGAAGUUUGAUGAUUCCGAACGGAAGAAGGCGGAAAAGUAUGCGUUGUCAAAUAAUCAAGUUCUUCUAACUGACGCUCUAAGAAUUAAAACUAAUAAAGCAGUGAGCCCACCCACUCCGUUAGCACAAGUAGUGGAGGGAAGGGUUAUAACUGAGAGUACUAAAGAGGCUUUGGAGGGGAUAGAGGGGAACUCAAAGCUGUGGAUUGGGAAGGAUUACACGAACUUCAUUGUGAAAGACUUUAAUAACUUAGAUCUGCCUUUUAUAGACUUAGUGGAUAGGAACACAACGCCGAGAAUGCCUUGGCACGACGUCGGUGUUCUUGUACAAGGCGCAGCCGCUAGAGACGUGGCUCGACAUUUUAUACAGAGAUGGAACGCUAUCAAAUUGGAAAAAUAUAGACAAAACUCAAACUAUCCGUACCUUCUUCCAAAAACCUACAGUGAAAUAAUGCCUCUGCAAGACCUUGAAGAAACCCUGAACAUUGAUAUGAAAACUGUGUCUUGUCAGGUGCUGCGUAGUGUGUCGUGCUGGUCGUGUGGGUUCCUGGACCCGGACACCGUGGAGCAGAGUAUACACGAGGCGUACGUCGACACCAUCACGAGAGCCCAGCAUUACAUCUACAUAGAAAACCAGUUCUUCAUCACGCUGUCCCGGACUAAUGUCUCUGUGAGGAAUCAGAUAGGGGAGGCGUUGUUCAACCGCAUCAUGCGCGCGCACCGCGCGGGGCAGCGGUUCCGCGUGUUCGUGGUGAUGCCGCUACUGCCCGGCUUCGAGGGCGAGGUUGGCGCGCCCUCCGGCACCUCGCUGCACGCCGUCACGCACUGGAACUACCAGAGCAUCUGCAGGAGUCGUGAAGCUAUAUUAACGCGUUUAUACGAAGCGGGUAUCUCAGACCCGUCGGAUUAUAUAACGUUCCACGGGCUUCGUACACACUCGCAACUCGACGGCGAACCGAUCACCGAGCUUAUUUACGUCCAUUCGAAGUUGUUGAUCGCUGACGACAAGACGGUGAUUUGCGGCAGUGCCAACAUCAAUGACAGGUCUAUGAUCGGAAAGAGGGACUCCGAAAUCGCUGUUCUGAUCCAGGACGAGCAGUUCGACGACGGUACUAUGAAUGGGGAGGCGUUUCCUUGCGGUCGGUUUGCUGGGACGCUUCGUAAGCGACUGUUCCGCGAACACCUGGGCUACAUGGACACCGAUCCCGCCCGUUACGGCUUGAGUCUGGAUGAUCCUUGCAGUGACCAAUUCUAUAAACACGUUUGGAAGGCCACCUCCACCCAAAACACCCAAAUCUACGAGGAGGUAUUUCACACAAUUCCAACAGACGCGGUGCACUCUUUCGCCGAACUGAAACGUUAUCAAGAGGAACACAGCGAAACUCUAUGGCGCAAAGAUCCUGUACAAGCCAACAGGAAAAUAGACCUUAUUCAAGGGUAUAUAGUCGAUUUGCCACUUGAUUUCCUCUGCAACGAAGUGCUAACGCCGAGGAAUACCUCCAUGGAGGGUAUGAUGCCCACAGCGUUGUGGACAUGA